AUGGCCAACGUUUCACCGGGGCCUGAAAACAGAAGCGACUCGCAUCGGCACAGCACGACGCCGCGCUUCCCCCACUAUCUUAUCUAUCACACCGGGAGGUCGCGCCGUUUAAAUCAAACGCACCCCCGCGCGCAGCUGAGCGAAGUGCGGAAGGAGAAGAACAACAUGGGUGCGCUCCUGUUGCUUCUCGUCCUGGUCCCGGUCGGCGUGGACGCCGUCCCCCAGGAGCGGCUGCUCCUCGGCGCCUUGGGCCUCUCCGAGCGGCCGCCCGCCCGCACGGGCCUUCCCGGUUCCCGGUCCCGGCGCCACGACGUCCCUCCGGCCCUCUGGAGGAUGUUCCGGAGGUCGGCGCGCGUCCGGGCCGGCGAGGGCGAGCCGUGCACGGUGUCCGAGUACGGCGUCCGCGGCAACAUCGUCAGAUACGUCCAAGACCAAGGCGCUGUAGUUCCGGGUUCUGGCGUGGCGUGCCCAGGCUGCGUGGACCGGCAUCUGUUUUUCAAUCUGGGGGCCCUGGAGUCGUCGGAGGUCUUGUCCCUGGCCCGGCUGCAGGUCCACUUCCCGUGGAGGUCAGGGACAAGGGCCCCGGGGAGGACGGCGGCGGCCCUUCUACGAAGCGGUCCCGCCGUCAGUGCUGUUCUGUACAAUGUGGUCCGGCCCACGCCGAAGGGCGCCGACCCUCGGGCCGACCGUCGCCUCCUCCUGUCCCAGUCGGUCCGGCCGGGCCCAGAAGGGGCGUCGGUCACCUUGGACGUCACCUCGCUGGCCGAGUCGUGGCGCCGCCCGACCCGCAAUUACGGUCUGCUUCUGGAACUCCGACCUCUGGGCGCCGAUCCGGAUCGGUCGUGGGCGGCGCCCCCUGUCCGGGCCUCGCUCGUGGCGGUGUCGCUCCACCCGCAGCAGUGCCGAUCCCGGCGACGGAGGAGCCCCGCCCGCGCCCUGCCCCCGGUGUCGCCCAGCAACGUCUGCAAGGCCCGCCGUCUCUAUGUGGACUUCAAGGACGUGGGCUGGCAGGAUUGGAUCAUCGCGCCGCAGGGCUACGUGGCAAACUAUUGCCACGGCGAGUGCCCCUUCCCCCUUAGCGACAGCCUGAACAGCACCAACCACGCCAUCCUGCAGACUUUGGUACACUCGCUGGACCCGGACGGCACCCCUCAGCCCUGCUGCGUGCCCGUCCGCUUCUCGCCCAUCUCCAUGCUCUACUAUGACAACAACGACAAUGUGGUGCUGCGCCAUUACCAGGACAUGGUGGUGGAUGAGUGCGGCUGCCGAUGACCGACGCCUCCGCAGUCCCCGCCAAUUGUCAACCGCCCGUUUUUAAUAUGAUGCCAAUAAAGUUUGGAAUGAAA